AUGGUAAAGAAAUACGCCCUCGUCGGCACCGGCGGUAGAGCCAUCUUCUUCUACACGGCAAUAGUCAAAGACUUCGCCCAAACCGCGCAGCUGGUCGGAUUCUGCGACACGAACCAAACACGCCUGGACUAUGCAAACUCGCGUCUUGAAGCGCUUGGACAUGCGCCAGUUCCAGCAUUCCUCGCUUCGGACUUUGAUCGCAUGAUUGCGGAAACGAAGCCGGAUGAUGUUAUUGUCACGACCAUCGACCGCACGCAUAACAUCUACAUUGUCCGGGCGCUUGAACUCGGCUGUAAUGUGAUUACGGAGAAACCGAUGACGAUUGAUGUCCCGCGAUGUCGAGAGAUCUUUUCUGCUGUAGAGAGGACUGGGAAGAAAGUCACGGUGUCGUUUAAUUACCGCUAUGCACCGCAUAACACGAAGAUAUACGAGUUGCUGGCGUCUGGAGCGAUUGGCGAGGUGAACUCGGUGCAUUUUGAGUGGCUGCUGAAUACGCAGCAUGGGGCUGAUUACUUUCGACGAUGGCAUCGAGAUAAGAGAAACUCCGGCGGACUGCUGGUCCACAAAUCAACCCACCACUUCGACCUGGUGAAUUUCUGGCUACAGUCCCGACCAGAGACAGUAGUUGCAAUGGGCGACUUGAAGUUCUACGGCCGCGAGAAUGCAGAGAGGCGCGGGGAGACGAAGUUCUAUUCGCGUGCGUAUGGGAGCGACAACGCAAAGGACGACCACUUUGCGCUGCAUCUUGAUCGUAACCCUCAGCUGAAAGCUAUGUAUCUGGAUGCCGAGAAGGAAGAUGCGUACUACCGGGACCAGUCUGUGUUCAGCGACGGGAUAAGCAUUGAGGAUACAAUGGGCGUGAUGGUGCGGUACCGUUCUGGUGCUGUUCUAACGUACAGCCUGACCGCGUAUGCGCCGUGGGAGGGAUUCAGGGUGAUGUUCAACGGGAGUAAAGGGCGGUUGGAGGUCGAGGUUGUGGAACAGUCGUAUGUGAAUUCUGGUGGAGAGCAGGCGCUCGAGGGGGCAUUGGAAAGCAGGUCGAUUGUGCUGCGGCCGCUGUUUGGGAAGCCUGUUGAGAUAGAGAUUCCGGAGGGGAGUGGUGGGCAUGGCGGAGGUGAUCCCCAGCUGCUGAAUGAUCUGUUUGGCGAAGUAUCUGGAGAUGAUCCCUAUAGGAGAGCUGCAUCCCAUGUGGACGGCGCGUUGUCGAUUCUCACGGGGGUGGCUGCAAAUCAGUCUAUCAGAACGGGGCAGACUGUGAGAGUGGAUGAUGUUUUCCAAGUAUAG